AUGCGGGCCCCAGCAGCCCCUGGUCGUCCUUCCGGCUUCUCUCCUGCAGGAGCAGGGCGUGAGGGCGGAGAGGCCGCCAUCCCCAGCCCAGAGGCCUUUGGCACGUCCGUCUGCAGCGAGAAAACAGCCCAGGAGCCAGUGCCGGCCACCAAACGUGGUUUACUGCGGCUCAGCCCCAUGACCCACACCACCACCUCCACCACCGUGGGGGACCCUGAGCCUGCAGAGACGCUGAUGCUGAGCUCACUGUCUCCCCAGGACUUCUGUGGAGUGGCUGACCUCACUUCCAUUGUGCAGCUGUGGAAACUGAGGCUCACAAAGUCACUCAAGUGGAACUCGAGCAGGAAGCGGGCGACGGAGAGGCGCUCACCGGCCCCCUCACCCUUCUGCCAUCAUCUGCACCCCGUGGCUCCAGAGGCCCCUUGGCUGCCUGCCUCCCUGCGCUGUGCUCUGACGCUGGAGGGGGGUCUGGCUCACCUUGGCAGCCCCGCAGGCUCUCACGGCCCCCUGAAGCCCUACACCAUUCCCCCUCAUGCCUCUGCUCAGCUCUUGCUGCCCAUCCACGGGCCCGGCCCCCCAUUCUCCUCCUGCCUAGUCCUUGCAGGGAAUCCUCAGGCUGGGGCAGGGGUGCAGCAUGGUCCCUGCCCCCUGGGGCUUACAGUCCAUGACCGCCCAGUGAAAUGUGAAAUUCCAGCUGAGAAGGGCGGCUGGAGGGAUGAGAGCACAGUGGGGCAGGGCAGGAGCCAGGCCACCAGGGGAGGCGGGGGAGCCAAGGCAAGCGCUGAGGAUGGCCCGCAUCUGGAAGACAUAACUCUGGCUGCUGUGUUUGAAGACGGGAUGAAGGGGGCCCGAGUGGAUGUGGGGACAGGUGACGAGACCGAAGCACUGCUCCGGGCAACUGGUGAAGGCGGCGACGGCCUGGAAUGGAGGGAGGGCCCCAGACCAGAGGGCGCCCGUCCUGAGCCCCCUUCUCCUGUUGGGUCCCCGGUGACCCCGGUGCUGGACCACACGGCGCAGCCCAGGCGUGGAGCCCUUAUCAGUGGCGGGUCGCUCGCGGCCUGGCCGCUCGGCCCGGAACUCGGCGCCCUCCCGCUGCCCUCAGCUCUCUGGCGCCGCCGCCGCCACGGCCACUGCCGCCGCCAUGUUGAAUCCCCAACGAACAUCCGGGGCUUUCCCCCCUCGCCGCCCACCAGUCCCCAUAGCAACGGGGCUGACCCGGCAGGGGGCAGGGCCGGCUCAGGGGCGGAGCUGUACGCCUGGCAGCGCCCGCUCCGGCCUCUGAUUGGUGCAUGUUGUCCAAUCGGAGACCUUCGGGCGGAAAAUGCCAAGCCGGGAUUGGAAAAUUUGGAAAGGGUGCGGGUAGGCUGGCUCCAAGCCCACUUGGAUUCUUAA